UUUUUUUUGAAAUGUCUCAUUUACUACCUACUGCUUUGAAAGAAUCACGAUGUAUUUUACACAUUGAUUUAGAUUGUUUUUAUUCUCAAGUCGAGCAAGUACGAUUAGGAAUACCCUUUGACACUCCCGCUGCAGUUCAGCAAUGGCGAGGAUUAAUUGCAGUCAAUUACGCAGCAAGAAAAGCUGGCAUUGCAAGACACUCCGAUAUCGCUGAAGCAAAACGGUUAUGCCCUGACAUCAAACUGCUUCAUGUAGCCACUUACGGACCCAACGACAAAAAAGCACAAUACCACGAAAAUCCCGACCGCAACACGCAUAAAGUUUGCUUGGAUCCGUACCGAAAUGCUUCACGAGAGAUCUUCAAGAUCUUUCAUCAAUACUGUGAUACAAUACAAAAGAUUGGCACGGAUGAAGGAUUUAUGGAUGUCACCAAUACCGUUAAUCAACGUUUAAUGGACCGAUACCCUACACAAUGUAUUGAUCGUGUGAAUGAGGAAACAUGCGGUGUGGAUAUCGAUUGGAAGGGGAUUGUAUUGACGAAUAAAGAGGAAGAUGAGAAGGGCGAGUUAGAUCCACCUACAUGGCAAGAUUUGCAAUUGGCCAUGGGAGCUGAACUUGCCAAUGAAAUUAGAACACACGUCUAUGAUAAAUUACACUAUACAUGUUCGGCAGGCAUUGCACAUUAUAAGGUCAUUGCGAAAUUAUGCUCCAGUAAAAACAAACCCAACAAGCAGACUGUCCUGAGAGAUUCGGCACGGAUGGAUUUCAUGUGUGACGUACCCUUUCAAAAAAUUCGAAACCUGGGAGGAAAAUUAGGUUCUGAAGUAGGUGCUGAUCUGGAAAUUCAAAACUCCAAUGAACUUUGGAAAUACAGUAAGUCAGAUCUCAAGUCAAAGUAUGGGCCAUCCACUGGACUGUAUCUGUACCAUAUCUGUCGUGGCAUUGAUCAUGAACCAGUUACUCCUUCAAAACCCCCUCAGUCUAUUAUGGCAGCAAAAGCAUUUACACCAGCCAUUGAUCUACCGUCACAAAUGGAAAACUGGUUUUCCAUCUUAUCUGUCGAAUUACAUUCCCGCAUUUUACAGAAUCACAAAGAUCAUGGUACUUGGCCUAAAUCAAUUUCAAUAAGAUACGCUCCCAUGUUUGGCAAUUACCGAACAAAAGCAAUGGGUACAUUACACAAGGACGACAUGCAGACAUGUGAUUUAUUAAUGAAGAAAUUUCAACAGACUUACAAUGCGUUACCAGGUGCUUAUCCUUGUCGUGGAUUAGAUCUGGUGGCCUCAGGAUUCUCGGUAUCAGAGUCAUCCUCACGUAGUCUCACCAGCUUCUUCUCAAAAGCUCCCGUUGAACCCCGAGCAAAAAGUCCACCCAGAAAGGAAAAGGAAACAGAUCUUCGAUGGCAAUGUGAUAAAUGUCAGGAGAGGGUCCAUGUACGGGAUAUAGAUGAACAUACAGAUUACCAUUUUGCGCUAGAAAUAUCUCAACAGGAAGAUUCUACUCCCAAACGGAAACCUACUGAAAUGGCCUCGAUCUUUGCCAAAAGACAAAAAUAAGGAGUCUACUCCCUCCUCAAACUAUAAAAAAAAACAAAUAAAAAUCUGG